AUGGCCGACGGACUUCAAAUGGGCAACUUGUCCAUCAACGACUCCCAGCACGCCCCCCAGGGUGGACCCCCUGGUCGUGCUGCUUAUAUCCCUCCUCACCUUCGUGGCCGCCCCAACAUGGAUGGUGCCGCUCCUCCUCCUGGCCCUGGUGCCGGUGCUCCUCGCGGCGGUCCUCGCGGCAACUGGGCUAAUGCUAACGCUCCUGACUUCAGCCCUCGUCCCGCCAACGGAAGUGCAGGUGGCAGCGGUGGUAGCGGUGGUAGCUACGCCGGUGGCUCUGCCCGCGGUUCGGGAGAUGGCCAGUGGCGCGACGGCAAGCACGUCGCUGGUCCCGCCAACGCUCGUGUCGAGCGCGAACUUUUCGGUGUCCCCAACGACCCUACCAAGCAGCAAACCGGUAUCAACUUCUCCAACUACGACGAUAUCCCCGUUGAGGCUUCCGGUCAAGAUGUUCCCGAGCCCGUUAACUCUUUCACCAACCCCCCUCUCGAUGACCACCUGAUCACCAACAUCAAGCUCGCCAGCUAUGUUGUCCCUACUCCCGUCCAGAAGUACUCGAUCCCCAUUGUCAUGGGCGGUCGCGAUCUGAUGGCUUGCGCCCAGACCGGUUCCGGAAAGACCGGUGGUUUCCUUUUCCCCAUUCUCUCCCAGGCUUUCCAGACCGGUCCCUCUGCUGCCCCCCAACAGGCUUCUGGCCAGUUCAGCUACGGCCGUCAGCGCAAGGCCUACCCUACCUCUCCUCAUCCUCGCUCCCACUCCUACCGUUCGUGGGUCCGCCCUUGUGUCGUCUACGGUGGUGCCGACAUUGGCUCCCAGCUGCGCCAGAUUGAGCGUGGUUGCGAUCUGCUCGUUGCCACCCCCGGUCGUCUGGUCGAUCUGAUUGAGCGUGGCCGUAUCUCCCUUGUUAACAUCAAGUAUUUGGUUCUUGAUGAGGCUGAUCGCAUGCUGGACAUGGGUUUCGAGCCCCAAAUUCGCCGCAUUGUCGAGGGUGAGGAUAUGCCUCGCGUUGAGGACCGCCAGACUCUCAUGUUCUCCGCCACCUUCCCCCGUGAUAUCCAGAUGCUGGCCCGUGACUUCUUGAAGGACUACAUUUUCUUGUCAGUUGGUCGUGUCGGUUCUACCUCCGAGAACAUUACCCAGAAGGUUGAGUACGUCGAGGAUCAUGAUAAGCGCUCCGUUCUGCUGGAUAUCCUCCACACUCACGGCACGACUGGCCUGACCCUGAUCUUCGUCGAGACCAAGCGCAUGGCCGACUCCCUCUCCGACUUCCUGAUCAACCAGCGCUUCCCCGCCACUGCCAUUCACGGUGACCGCACCCAGCGUGAACGUGAGCGUGCUCUGGAGUUCUUCCGUAACGGUCGCUGCCCCAUCCUGGUCGCCACUGCCGUUGCUGCUCGUGGUCUCGAUAUUCCUAACGUUACUCACGUCAUUAACUACGACCUGCCCACUGACAUCGAUGACUACGUUCACCGUAUUGGUCGUACCGGUCGUGCUGGUAACACUGGUAUUGCCACCGCUUUCUUCAACCGUGGCAACCGUGGUGUCGUUCGCGACCUUCUUGAUCUCCUCAAGGAAGCUCACCAGGAGGUUCCCUCCUUCCUUGAGAGCAUUGCUCGUGAGGGCAGCAGCUAUGGCGGCCGUGGCGGUCGUGGCGGUCGUGGCCGUGGCGGUUCCACUGCCACCCGCGAUGUUCGUCGCCUGCCUCCCUCCGCUGGCGGCUUCGGCGGUGGCUUCAGCUCUACCCCCUCUUACGGUGGCAGCGGUGGUAGCUACGGCGGCGGUGCCCCAUCUUACAGUGGUGGCGGCGGUGGUGGUUAUGGCGGCGGCUACGGCGGCGGCGGCAGCGGCGGCGGCGGCAGCUACGGCAACCCCUCUGGCGCUGGUGGUCCCUCUUCCUGGUGGUAA